UUUAACCUCAAACUCUGUAAAUAAGGUCAUUGCCAUUUGAAAUCCAAUGUUUUCUUAACUGCGCUCCGAUGUGCCCCCGUUUGAAUGAUGAUUAGGCGUAAAAAGAAGUGGAAACGAUCGAGCUCCGUCUGAAAAUGCGCGGCUUGCGAGUGGUGCUCCUGAGUCUGGCGCUGUGUUUGCAAGUACUUUCGACCAACACCCAAAACUAUGCGAACAAUAAGGAGGGCCCCCCCAAGCCGGGCGAAGCGAUUCUCGAGUCGCCGCUUUGUUGCAACUUGACGGUGGAACAUGUGGACGUUGACUACACGUCGAAAAUCGUGGAAAAUGAGUACAUUGUCAUGUUCAAUGGCUAUUACAAGAGCCAGGCGCGAGCCACCUACAUUGAAACCGCCCUGAACAACACGGGGUUGAAGCGGUGGAAAAUUGUCGACCGUGAGAACCCGGCAAGUGAUUUUCCUAGUGAUUUUGAUGUGAUUGUGCUGGAAGACACGGAAAGUUUACAAGCAGGCUUGAAGGCCCUAAACGACCAUCCGGCUAUUAAGAGAGUGACUGCUCAGCGAAUGGUGUCGCGCACUCUAAAGUUUCUGAGCGCAAACGAGAGGGGCACCAACACUAAUUCUAAGGAGAAACUUUGGCAAAACGGCGCCAGACAUCACACUUCCAGGAAACUACUCAGAGCCGUCCCCAAGCAAAUUACCAGCGUCUUGCAGGCGGGCACUUUAUGGGCAAUGGGUAUCACCGGCAAAGGUAUCAAAGUGGCCAUUUUCGACACGGGACUCUCCAAAAGCCAUCCGCACUUCAGAAAAAUCAAGGAACGAACCAACUGGACCAAUGAAAAGACCUUUGAUGACGGUUUAGGGCAUGGAACUUUUGUGGCCGGAGUGAUUGCCUCGUCCAAGGAGUGUUUGGGCUUCGCCCCCGACUCUGAGCUGUACAUUUUCCGAGUUUUCACCAACAACCAGGUUUCCUACACUUCGUGGUUUCUGGACGCCUUCAACUAUGCCAUUAUGAAGAAGAUGAAUGUGCUCAACUUGAGCAUCGGCGGUCCCGACUUCAAGGAUCAUCCCUUUGUUGAUAAGGUGUGGGAGUUGACCGCCAAUAAGGUGAUAAUGGUGUCAGCAAUUGGUAAUGAUGGGCCCCUUUACGGCACGUUGAACAACCCGGCCGACCAGAUGGAUGUGAUCGGGGUGGGCGGCAUCAAUUUUGAGGACCAAAUCGCGAAGUUUUCCUCCAGAGGAAUGACGACAUGGGAGUUGCCGCAAGGCUACGGCCGAGUGAAGCCCGACAUUGUCACCUUCGGGUCGGCAGUUAAGGGCUCGCAUAUUAAGGGCGGCUGCAGAACGCUGUCGGGGACAAGUGUGGCGUCUCCGGUGGUGGCCGGGGCGAUAACGCUUCUGGCCAGCGGCGUGCUGCAUAGAGGCGAAGACAUCAUCAACCCUGCCAGCAUUAAGCAGGCCUUGAUGGCAUCGGCGCGCCGACUUCCUGGCGCGAACAUGUUCGAGCAGGGGCAUGGGAAGUUGGACUUGGUCAAGGCCCAUCACAUUUUGAACAGCUACAAGCCUCAGGCCAGCUUGAGCCCCAGCUACAUUGACCUGAGCGAAUGUCCGUAUAUGUGGCCGUACUGCACGCAGCCCUUGUAUUAUGGCGCGGUGCCCUUAAUCGUCAACGUGACCAUCCUGAAUGGGAUGGGCGUAACUGGGCGGAUUGUGGGCAAGCCCACUUGGCACCCCUACACGCCUCAGCAAGGGCAUUUUUUGGAGGUUUCGGUGGCCUACUCGGAGGAAUUGUGGCCGUGGUCAGGCUGGCUAGGGGUUAGUCUCUCAGUCUCGCUGGAGGGCGCUAGCUAUGAGGGCAUAGCCCAAGGGCACAUCACUAUCACAGUGGAAUCGCCUCCUCAAAACGGGGAAAUUGACCCCAGAAGCAGCACUGUGGAACUUCUAGUCAGGGCGAAAAUAAUCCCUACGCCCCCGAGACACAAACGAAUCCUGUGGGAUCAGUACCACAACUUGCGGUACCCGCCCGGCUAUUUCCCGAGGGACAAUCUGAAGGUGAAGAACGAUCCACUGGACUGGAAUGGGGACCACAUUCACACCAACUUCAAGGACACGUACCAGAACCUGCGGAACGCCGGCUACUACGUGGAGGUUCUGGGGUCGUCCUUUAACUGUUUCGACGCCUCCCAGUACGGCACAUUGCUGAUCGUCGAUCCGGAGGAGGAGUAUUUCCCUGAAGAAAUCGCCAAGUUGAAGCGCGACGUGGAAGCGGGGCUUUCAGUCAUUGUUUUCGCCGAUUGGUACAAUGUGACGGUGAUGGAGAAAGUGAAGUUCUACGACGAGAACACUCGGCAAUGGUGGAUGCCCGAUACGGGUGGUUCCAACUUGCCGGCCCUAAACGAGCUGCUCUCAUCGUGGGGCAUUCAGCUGGGCGAUCGCACUUUUGCGGGACACUUCAAGUGGAACGAUCACGAAAUGUUCUACGCUUCAGGGAACAGCAUUCGCGAGUUUCCCGACGGGGGGAUCGUGCUGGGGGCCGAACUAGACGAUCAAGGGGCCGAGUAUUUAGGGGAAACCGACCCCAACAAGUACAAAGUGCCCAUCCUGGGCCUGCUACAAACCACUUCAGCCAGCCGAGGCGGGCGCGUGAUUGUUUACGGCGAUUCAAACUGCAUCGACACUAGUCACUUAGAAAUCAGCUGCAAUUGGCUGUUGGAAGCCAUGCUGGAGUACACUUCCACAUCACAUCUACCCGCACUGUUCAAGGACAAUCAGAUGCACGAGUGGCAGGUAGGGGCUGAAGUGGAUUCGCCGGCUCGGCUGGACACCAACCGACUGUACCGGUUCUCCAAAGUGCUGGAGAAUCAUCUAGAUGCCGGCAUUGUGCGGGCGCUGCCUCAAUGUCCUCACUUGGUCUGGGCGAACCCCGUGCCCCUCAAUCAGUCGGCGCCCGGCAAUCUCUACCAGUCGCAGAAACUGCUCGCUCUCAUCGAAGAAGAGGUCAAUGUGCCGCCUGAAAAUCGCAACGACAACGCGGAAAACACCAUUAAAGAUUAAGCUCCUCGUUGCAGAUGCCUCGGGAGCGGAGAAUGGGGAGGAAUUCAUUGAGUGGAGUUGGAGAAAUCGGCCAGUGGACUCCGCCGAGCCCUCCAGCCAUUACGACCUUUCGGUGACGAUUUUCGUCUUUGCGGCUCUUGUGUUUUGUUACAUUUGCGUGCGGAACUACCGCAGGAAACCGAAGAAACGAAAGCUGUGCCGGAAGCUUAUCACGCUUAUACAGUGCAAGAAAAUGUCCGUCUGAGAGUUGGUUCGAUUAAACUCGACUGUGUAUUUGUAUUACUUUUAUAUGUAAGUUCUUGUAAAUAAGCAUCAGUGAAAUUUAAUUGUGUAGUUAUAAAAUUCUGGUGCGAGGCGUGAUAAUUUUAUUACGGUGUUCUUAAAAAUAAUGAUCGCUCCAGAAUACAUCCACGUAGAAACAAAGCUUUAGAAAAAGUGCAAUUUGUCUCAGGCCCGUUUACACUGUAAUCGUCUAAUCGCCACUGAUCGGCAAACCCAGAAAUUUCCAGUGGAACGGCUCUGAAUCAAAGACACAAGUACUUCGGUGCUUAGAAAAUUGUAAAUAUCUUUUAGUGUUUGUUACAAUUGGUUUUUUGUCCAUUCCUAUGCGGUUCUCUUUUGGCAUGUUUUUCUAGUAUUUAUAUCAACGAAAUAGAUAUUUUCCAUAGUGAA